AGCAAAGAUGACGAAGCCAAGACGCAUGUCUGGCUGAAGGAUGUUGAGGCUCUUCAGGAGAGUUUUUUCACAGGAGCACACACGAAACAACCAGAACGUUUCCUCUGUGCUCCGCAGCCUCAGCUCUCCAGCUUUGACCGCAAUUAACUGUGCAGUGAAUCCCCCAAUGGAACCCAAAUUAUACCAGCCGCCCCCACAUGUCCGCGGCAUGACGUCUCUGGACAAAGAAGCUUUCACACAGACAAUCGCUGUCCCAGCUUUACGGGUGCGGACGCGGUUCAUCAACAAAGUGACGAAGAGCUUGAAAAAGUCCACUAUCCAGCGUCCAGGGAUAUGCAGAGUAGUGCAGGACAAAGAGGACUGUCCAGACUUUAAGCUGGUGCUGCUGGAUCCUCACAAAGUGUCCUCGCUAAGCUCCUUCAGUGAGGCUGAGGCAGAAGCUCUGAGGUCAUUUGACGUUUUGGAGGAGUUGCAGUACUAUGAGCUCAAGUUGACCUACGAGAACCUAAAGAGUGAAGAGGUGCUGCAGGCCGUGCUUCCACAGAGGCAGGAUGUGACGUCUGCAUUCAGCCGAGUGGGACACAUCGCACACAUGAACCUGAGAGACCACCAGCUGCCAUACAGGAACCUCAUUGGUCAAGUGAUCAUGGACAAGAACCCUGGUGUCACCUGUGUGGUCAAUAAGACCAAUAUGAUAGACUCAGCGUAUCGCAACUUCAAGAUGGAGUUGCUUGCUGGAGAGGAGAACAUGGUCACCAAAGUGAAAGAAAACGGGGUGACGUACGAGUUUGACUUCUCUCGCGUCUACUGGAACCCGAGGCUCAGUACAGAGCAUCAGCGGGUGGUGCAGCUUGUCAAACACGGCGACACUGUCUUUGACGUUUUUGCCGGCGUGGGACCCUUCGCCAUCCCGGCAGCCAGGUUGGGUGCCAACGUGUUGGCCAAUGACCUCAACCCUGAGUCUUACAAGUGGCUGCAACACAACAGCAAAGUGAACAAGGUGGAAGGAAAAGUCAAGACCUUCAACAUGGAUGGCCGAGCGUUCAUCCGAGGUCCGCUCAAACAAGGGCUGCCCGUGCUGUUGAAAGGAAGAAGCAGCGUGCACGUGGUAAUGAACCUGCCUGCUUUGGCGCUGGAGUUUCUGGAUGCCUUCAAAGGCCUGUUGCAUCAGGAGUCUUCAUGUGAGGAGAACGUCCCCACAGUUCACUGCUAUGGCUUCUCUAAAGACGACAACCCAGAGAAGGACGUGGUGGCCAAGGCAUCCCAAAGCAUCGGGUACCCUCUGGAAAAUUGCUGCUCUGUGCACUUUGUACGCAACGUAGCACCUAACAAAGACAUGAUGUGUGUGAGCUUCCCCGUCCCUAAAAAAGUCCUCUUCAGCCACAAUGAAGCACAGACUGAGUCUUCAGAGGCACCAGCACCCAAGAGGCAAAAGUGUGAGACAACUGACGCAACAGAAAAAUAAAUUCAACCUCACCUCAUGAACUUUAUGCGAGGAAAUAUUAGCAUUGGUGAUUUUAGAUAUGUUUAUUUCGAGAUAUACACUCACCAGACACUUCAUUAGAUACACUUCAGUGGCACGCGGUCAGGUUCAUGGCUGGUGAGGCAGUUUUUGUUUUUUUACUUUAAAUUCUUGUGCCGUAAUUAAUGUUAAUCCUGGUUCCUCAUGAAGAGGAUUACAAGACUAAAGAGAAUAACUCCCUUUCAUUAAACAAUUUCUUUUCAAAUACUUUGAAAAUCAUUUGUGGUUUUAAUUUUAUUUGUAUACGAAGCACCUAUCCUUCUCCAGAAAAACUUGUUACUUUUUUGUAAAAGUCUGAUCACUGAUGUUUUGUCUGAAAGUCCUUGACAUUUCAGAAUUCCAUACUAUUUCCAGACUCAAUAAAUAGAUGUGCAUCAUUAGAGCUGCAACAAUUAAUCAACGAAUCGAUGAUUAAUCGAUUAUCUGAUUUAUCAACUAUUUUGAUAUUCCAUUAAUCAUUUAAUUUAAAAAUAUAAAUAUCUUCAAUUUUCAGCCUCUAAGAUGUGAAUAUUUUUAAAUUUCCUUGAAACCAGACCCAUUAUCAUUGUAUCAGACUGGGGCUGUCCUACCUAGUCAGAGUAGUGUUUGUCCUACCUAUUCAUUGUGGAUGAACUGAUAAAGCCCGCUCAGAUGAGAUGCAAAACAUCUUCAAAGACAACCUGAACAGUCCAGUUGUGAUCGAUUCAAUGCCCUAAGAAUACAAUGACCUGGAUGAAUAAGAACAUCCAUCCAUCCAUUUUCUAUACCGCUUCUCCUCAUUAGGGUCGUGGGGGCAUGCUGGAGCCUAUCCCAGCUGACUUCGGGCAACAGGCGGGGUACACCCUGGACUGGUUGAAUGAGAAUAUUCACAGGCAUAUUUCUGUUUUAGCCAAAACAUGCUUUUUACACACGUCAGCUUUGACUUGGAAAACAGUGAUCGUUCCUGACAGCACUAAAUAAUGCAAAAGAACCAUGAUCUCAAUUCACAUUAACAUGCCAUCUAAUUUGUAAAUAUGACUUACGGAGAUGCAUCACAAACAAACUAUUUUACUACCUGCCAUUAUACUCAAGGAGUCAUGCUGCACUGUCGUUUGUAUGACUGCCGACACUUCCUCCUCACUCUCCUCGUCCCUCAGCAAGCCUUGCUUGCCAGGCCGAGUCGGCCCCACUACACUGACAGGGAAGGCGCGAUGGCUAUCAUUCAUCAGUUCGUGGGAGAAGUGAUGGCAUAAAUGAAUUGACUUUUCUUUUGACUUGUCUUUAUCAUGUGCAUGACUAUUGUGGAGUGAGCCACCAUACCAUGUUUAUGAUUUGAUGGAUUAAGUUCCCCAUCAACUAUCCUUCUAGGACCUCCUAUGUAUAACAGCAGAAAGACCAAGCAGAACAAGAUAAUAACGAGUCUAAUAACAAUAAAAAGUCUUAUUUCUAUCAAAUGAAAGCACAUGGCCCUGACCCUCGUGUGUGUGCAUGUGUGGAAAAAAAAAAAUUGUCCCAGAGAAUUGCAAUCUCAAUUCUAAGAAAGAUUUUUAUAUAUAUGAUGAUGAUAUAUAUAUAUAUGAUAUAUAUAUAUGAUAUAUAUGGUGAUUUAUAUAUAUAUA